AUGGCUCCCGCGCUGCCGGAUGAUAUUCUGCACGUGUUGUGUGAAGAGUUGGCCAAUCUGCGACAAUUCGACACUCUCUUCAACUGCGCAUGCGCCAGCCGAGUGCUAGCUGUGCCUGCACUGACUAAUCUAUAUCGGUCACACCAUGAGGCGCCAAUCCGAGGUGGUGGAGAUGAUGCACUAGGCACUCCACUUGCUCAGAGACUCUUGGUCACCCAACGAUGGUCCAUCCUGUGGAAGUCCAUUAUCGCCUCGAGUCUCGGCACCACUAUGUUCCCGUACUGUCGCUACAUCAAGACACUUGACUUCCGUGAUUUGGGGAAUCUCUUUGGCGAUGAGCAGUUCCGCAGCGAGGUCCAGAUGCACUUUUUUUCAGGCCCUCUAAAGCAGUUCGAGAGGACUGAGCAACGGAAGAGUGCGUCUGGGAAUAAGUGGACCAGUUUGUUGGAUGCCGAUACCAUCGAAGCGAUUGGGGAAGCUGUCACGCAACAUACACCAAUGCUUGAAACGAUAAGUGGUGAACUGAAAUCAGAUGCACUCGUCCGGUGGACUUCUCGACUGCCGCGCUUACAAAACUUGGAGCUCUUCGAUGGAAGACCCCUUGAGAACCCGUUGGUGCAUACAUCACUUCAUGAGUACUGUUCCAACUUCAAUGAGCUCAUGAUCUAUACGUGGUCACAAGAAGAUUUAAUGUCUGACCACCGCGACCAGAAGUUCGCCCAGUUCCUGAGUUCGAUGCGGGCCGACUCCUUGAAGUCACUGCAGACCAUGCACGACAUAGGUGCUGACGCCGAGACUUUCUCAGCAUUGAGUCAUCACGGCGGCUCGCUGGAAGAUCUUGGAAUGUACACCUCGAACGAGUCCUUGUCGCACCUGAACAUGUUGCAAGGCUGCACAGCCUUACGACAGUUGCGCAUUGAAGAUACUCAUGGCGUGGUGGAUCUUCAAGCAACUCAGAACGACGUAUUUCUGGAGACAAUCGCAUGGCUCAGCAAGUGCAAGGGCCUGCGGGUCAUUCGCUUCUCAAACUUCGCAUCUGGCGCCGCACUCAUGACGCCUGUGCUUCUCGAGCAGGAUAUCAGACUUGAACAUCUGGAGAUCGACUCGUACGUCCUGAAGGACCACAAGACUUUUCAUCAAGCGCUCGUUCAUCAGCAAUCACAUAUGAUCGAGCUCUCCCUCAACGGAGAACCAGACGGUAUGUUCCGGGAUGAUCUCGACACACUUGUUGAUUCGUUGAAGCAGCUGAAGGCAAUGCGACGGCUUUCAUUGACACUUCCCGAAGUGCUCCGUGACGAGCAUAUCGUCGCUAUCUUCCAGAAUCUCAAGCAGCUCGAGACCAUUUAUGUCACAGGUUUGGAGAUCAACGAUGACGUGUUGCCAACUAUCGGAGGGUUACCUAAUCUACGAGAUGUCACUCUUUCAGGCAUCUCGAAGUUCACCGUGGAUGGACUUUUCGACUUCAUCUCGAUGCUCGGUACCGGAAACCAAGGCAUCCGUGUUAUCAUCGACCAGGCGGACCCAGAUACUGCGCUCACUGACGAAAACCAAGCAGUACUGAGUAAGUAUAUUGCUGAGCAUUCAGGGGGUACAUUCGACUACACACUGUUCAGAGGUUUGUUGCACCUUGUCGCUGGCGCUAUUUGCUGUAAUACGUGCUGA